GCCGAGCCGAGCCGAGCCGCGUCUGGCCGGCAGAAGCAGCAGCGGCGGCGUCGGGCUGCUCUGGGGCGAGGAGGUGCUUCUGAGGUUCCAUGGAGGAUUCCACCCGCGUGGGCUACUGCGUGGUGGCCAGCAGCUUCGUGGCCUUCCAGUUCUUCUUCUCGGCUCCCAGCCCCCAGCUGUCCUUGUCGCUCUGCCCCAGCUACUGUACCCUCCCCUCUGUCAAACGGAAUGAAUGGAAUUCCAGAUGUGUGUCCACACUGCACGCCAUGGUGGUCGGCCUCUUCUGCCUCUACAUCCUGUGGUAUGAUGAUGCCGUAAAUGCCAACCCCAUCUGGGGAGAUCCCGGCCUGGUCAAGCUGAAUGUAGCCAUCACCUGUGGUUACCUGCUAUAUGAUCUAUUGCUGCUAAUUCGUUACUGGAAGACGCUGGGAGAUUCUCUUUUUGUUUGUCACCACUUGGCGGCGUUGUACGCUUAUGGAUACGUGUUGAGCCGUGGGGUGCUGCCCUAUUUCGCUAACUUCCGGCUCCUAUCAGAGCUAUCCACGCCCUUCGUGAACCUCCGCUGGUUCCUGGAUGCGGCUGGCUGGCCCCGUUCUUCCUGGCUGGUCUUGGCGAAUGGCCUGGCCAUGACCGUGGUAUUCUUUGCAGUCCGCAUUGCCGUCAUCCCCAGCUACUAUGCACAUGUGUUCUCCUGGUAUGGCAGUCCUGAAUAUAAGCGCCUGGGCCUGAGCGUGCAGGUGGCUUGGAUCGGGUCCAGCCUGGCUCUGGAAGUGCUCAACGUGAUUUGGAUGUAUCGCAUCGCCCGUGGUUUCUACCGUGCUCUCUGUCACUCCAAGGCCCACAAGACAGCAUGAGGACACGGCAGCUGCAGCGUGUGUCUGGCGAUGCACAGCAAAGCUGGAGACCAUUUUUGAACGACUUCCAAACUCAUAGGAAACACCUUCAGCUCCAUACAACUGGGGCAUUUGGUUUUCUGUUUAUCAGAAGGAGAUCUUUGCCAACCUGACCAGUACGGGCUGCUGUCCAUGGCGUCUGUCCAUGUUCCACACCUGAGUCUGCAUAAUCUUCAAGGUGAGAGUGCCUAAGAAUAGAGCUAGAGCUAGCACUGCCUAGUGGCUAUGGCUCAGCCAGGGCAUUUGUAAAGGAACUCUGUGGAGCCAGGAGGCUUGCACUCACAAGACAGGAACUUGUCUGGCCUCAGCAGGAAAUCCAUCAUUUGGGAUGGAGUUUCCAUUGCCCACUGGUUAUUGGGAGGGGAAGGGGAUGCCUUUGGGAAGCCACGUGCCUUAGGGUCUCAUUUUGCCCAGAGUAUUCUAGGAGUGUAUUGGAAGGCGGAGGCUGACGGGCUUGUGGCCUGGAGGCACGGAACAGACCGUGGCUGGUUCCACAAGAGCCUUUUAGUCUGAAAUUGCAUCCGCUUCUUCACUCAGGUUUUUACUGACAAUCCAGAUCCUGUGAUAGUCAACCCAUUCCCUCUCCCCCUUUUUUCAGACCAGAUUCGUGGCCUUUUUUGUUACUUAAAAUGAGAUCACAGUGCUUGGCUGUUCCACGUAGAAGGCCAAAGCACCAUUCAGGCUGCUGUCCUUUUCACCUUUUAUCUCCCCAUUCUGCCCUCAAGUCAUAGCUCACUUAUGGCGCCCCCCCCCCCGGUGGUGUUUUCAUGGCAGGAGACUAACAGAGGUGGUUUGCCAUUGCCUGCCUCUGCAACCCUGGUCUUCCUUGGAGGUCUCCCCUCCAAUUACUAACCGAGGCCGACCCUGCUUAGCUUCUGAGACCUGACAAAAUCAGGCUCAGCUGGGAUAUCCAGGUCAGGACAUCUCCCCAUUCUAACCCAGAUUAAUUCCUGCUCCCUGCUAGCUGACCCUUUCCCUCACAAUACUCAUGAAUAAAUGGUUGACUGUAGGGGAAAGGGCAUAAAUAUACUUCCUUAAGCAACUUUUGACAAGCCAACUCACAGAUCUUUUCUCCUCCUAUUGUUAUUUUGUAAUUGUGAUAUCAGGAGAAUAUUUUUUUAAAAUAUGAUUUUGGCUUGCUAUGAAGUUUUUUUUUUUAAAAAAAACCUUAAAUUUACUCUCUCCCCCACCCCCCACAAGUACUAAUAAGCCUGGGAGGAGUGGAGUGGAGAAUGCCCUCAAGUCAUAGCUGACCGACGGUGACCCCUGGAACGGUUUUCAUGGCAAGAGAUUAACAGAGGUGGUUUGCCAUUGCCUGCCUCUGCCUGGUCUUCGCUGGAGGUCUCCCAUUCAAUUACUAACCAAGGCCCACCCUGUUUAGCUUCUGAGAUCUGACGAGACCUGGGCUAUCCAAGUGAGGGCAAGCCUGGGAGACAACAGGCUAAAUUAUGCUAAAAUCAAAGAGCUGAAAGAAAAAAUGGAAGGAGACAAAACCUUUGCUGAAUGAAUUUUACUUUUGAUUAGACACACAGAAAGAUUGGAGGCAGGCAUUGCCUGAUUUUUAAGGGGAAUCCAUUAGUAUAUUGUGGGGACUCUAAUACACAGUUAAUCUUGUUAUUGGCCGUCUGUGCCCAAGUUGUCCACUAUAUGAGACAGGAUGAUCUGGUCUGAUCUGGCAGGGCUCUUUUGAAGUUCUUCAAAGCUUCAAAGAGAGUUUGAAUGGCGUUGGCUUGGUUCUUUGCUCUAACGCAGUCCUACUUGGUCCCCCAACCUUGCCAAGCUUGAUGGCGCUUUCAGAGCUGUGAGACAGGGUGCUGGCUAUCACUACCCCACAAUGGCUGCCACAGGGACUGGGUCCAUCACAGGACUCCGGAAGGAGGCCAAACCAAGCAUCACCCUACAACUGCAGCAGCUGCCUCUUAACGGGAGCUUUCUGCAGGCUCUUUGCAUAUAUCCCCAGCACCGAGGAGGCGGAGGAAAUCUGGGCUCAGCUUUGGGGAAGAGCUGCGGUUUGGCUUCCGCGUCCAAAGGGAGGGGACCACUCCCAGCAGAGCUACAGGGAGAUGGUUCCAAGCCCAGAGACAGAAAUCUCUGUCUGUGGCCAACCUGAUGGCGCAUGGCUGCGAGACACCUGCCCGGCAGGAGCCUCGCGCUUUGCUAGGCAGCCAGCCAGCAGGGAGCUCUCCAAAGCUCGCUCUCUCAUGUUCUGCUGCACGCAAGAUGCUUUGAGUUUUAUCCCCAGAAGUAGGGUGGCCGCUCCUGUAAAUAAGCAAUGGCAGCAAAAAGGGGAAAAACCCCCACAGGAAACGAAGUACAAUUAUAUACAAUUUAUAAGUGAAACUUUA